AUGAAGCGUCUACCCGGGAAUUCCAAACCGUUUCAAAACUCUCGUUGUCUCGCCACUUGCCGCCGCUCUGCGCUGGUGAUCUCACUGAGUCUUGCUGUCACUGUCUCGCUCUCCUCAGCUCCAAAAAUCCAAAUAUACACUUUUAAGCAGAAGAACAUAGAAGGAACACGACACCCAACUACCAUGGAGAACCUCCCACAUGAAGUUUUAUCAGAUAUAUUCAUCCAGUUAUCGGCCAAACAGCUUGCUCAAAUGAGGCGUGUUUGUAAAGAUUGGAAUGCUCUCUUAUCUGAAUCUUCCUUUGUAAAAUCCCACCUCCAUCGUUCUAUCCAUCACAACGAUGAGAUUCUCAUGUUCUUUGGUUUCGGGUUUGACUGUAUUUCAAUCACUGCAAGGCCCUCUCAUUCUCCCAAAAUCGAAUUCACUAAUUUCUUUAAAUUCCACGCUAAUCCCCAAUCUGAACGUAGUUUUGGCAAUAUCAUAGGAUCUGUGAAUGGCUUAAUAUGCUUUUAUUAUAGAGUAGGUGAUGAUUAUGCUGUUUGCAUUCGAAACCAUUCUCUCUCUGCAGUGUUAACUCUCCCACCAUGUUCUUUGGGCUCCUCCCAUAAUCCAGGAAAAAUCUACUUUCGGUUUGGGUAUGAUCCCAAAACUGAUGAUUACAAACUUGUUAAGCUCAUAGCGCUUUUCAACCCACGCAGAAUGGAACCACAAGUUGAGGUUUAUAGCCUGAGAAAAGGUUCCUGGGAGUUGAUAUUUCAAAGCUUUCCAUCACACAUCACAGGGAUUAAAGAUGAAGAUGAAGUUUGUGUAGAUGGCCAUGAAGGCCAUGUUCAUUGGCUUUGUUAUACUGGUUUGAACUGGAUGACACCAUCGAUAUUGGCAUUUGAUUUGAGUGUAAAGACAUUCAGUGAGAUACCUCUUCCAGAUUCUUUACUAGAUUAUGGUGGGCAUGAGUGCUUCAUUGUGUUAGGAGUUUUGGCUGGAAAGCUUUGUGUGAUGUCGUGCAUUUUUGAAAGUGGUAAAUGUGAGUUGUGGGUGAUGGAUGAGUAUGGGGUGGCUGAAUCAUGGGUCAAACAUCAUGCGUUUUCCCAGUUUAAUGGUGAUGAUAGAAUAAUACCAUUUUGGAUUUACAUCACGCAUGAUGGUAAAGGUGGUGAGGAUGGAGGGAGGAGGUUGUCGGUGCUUGUUGUGGCUGCUGAUGGGAGGAGAUCAUAUGAGGCAAUGAGGAUGACGACAAGGAAGUUGUCAUUUCUUUUUGUGUCUUUAAGGAAGGAGGGAAAACUCAAGGAGGAUGGCGGCGGUAGGAGACGUCAAUGGUGGAAUACAAGAGCAACAUUGGCCGUGAGGAAGGCGUGGAUGGUUGGAGGUAGCGAGGGUAAUGGGUGGGGUUUCUUAGCGUGA